UCAAGCUGAAGACAAUGGUAAUACAACAGCGGCCAUAUGGAUAUAAAAACGUGUUAAGUAAUAGCGUAUAGCAGAUUUAGCAUGUGACUUCGUGUCGCUUUUAAGGAACUGUGCAAGAUCAAGAAGACCAAAGCUAUAGUUGGCGAGACACAAUAUACACAGAAACGCUCAAAUAUGGCAGCCACACCAGUACUCAACCCUGCCAACCUACCACCAGCAUUUUGAUGGACUCAAGAUUUACUGUUGGUGUUAUUAAGUUACUAUUAGCUGUGUCUGUGUGUCCAGCUGUGAUUCGCCCAGUCCAUACCUUGAUCCAAGUCCGUGAUUAGUUUUCCCUGUCCUGGGGAUUCCGGUACCUGUUUUAAUCCCAGUCCCAGCCCUUAUUAAUAACCCUGACCCAGUCCAGACCACAUACCCUGUUCCAUCACCUAGUUCUUGUUCUAAACCAAGUUCCACCUCCAUGUCCACGAUGAUAUAACAGUCCCAGAGGUAAUCCUAGUGCCUUUAUCAGUGUAGUCUCUGUCCAGUCCCGGUCCUUGCCCCUGUCUGUCCCAAACCAAGCAUCAGGCCCAUUUCCAUUGCAAGCUUUAGUUCCACUCCAAGGUUCCAGUCCCAGUCACCUUGCCACCCAAGUUCAAGUUCCAGUCAUAGUCUUUAUUCCAUUCCCACCAGUCCCUUGUCACCCUAGCUCCUGUCCUGCUCCCAGCCUCCCUCAUAGCCUCGCCUCCCCUCACCAUGAUGCACGAAUAUGCCCGGGCCAUCAAGCUUGAAGAAGCUGUUGCAGAGGACAAAUCUUUCACAGUGCUCAAGUUCCGCACCCUACAUGAAGUGUGCCAGUGUGUGGAGGAAUACCAGCAAGACACCUGCACCCACUUCAUUAAGUACAACCGUGACAAACACUUUGGGGAUGAGGCGUAUGUCCCAAACAUAGAGCGAGGGAGAAUCCACUACUGGUCAAAUACGGGCAAAUGUGGGGUGCCAAUUGAGUAUGAUGGAGUGCCAUUCAUGCAUGUGGGCCGCUGGGUCCUCAUGUGCCAUCAGGGCCAAGACACCAAUAAAGGUCACAAGGAGAAGUACCAGAUACGCAAGCUGAGGGAACAGCAGGAGAGUGGUGUGAAGCCAAAGUCCAGAAACAGGGCCCAGGUGACCAAGAAAGUAAACUGUCCAGCAGAAAUUUAUAUCACUCACAUCAUGAAGUUCCCACAACACAAGAUGCCAAAUGCUCUGUUGGCUAUCAACUCACUGCCAACUGAUCACAUGAGAAAACUGGCCAAGCGGAAGAUAGUGAGCAGCUAUAAGCGCUAUUCAUCGAGGUUUGUUCGUGAGUCUUGGUACUAUGUGAGACUGCCGCACCCCAGCACCCAUUAUGGACACCCUGUGCUAGGCCAGGUGAAGGAGGAACCAGUAUUUGAUGUCCCAGAGGAUUGCACUAAUGAAAUAUCCAGCAAAGCAGACUCCAAGAAGAGGAAACAGACCAAGGGCACAAAGUUCCGCACCAAGGAGCCAGUAGACUCCCGGGUGCUGCAGAAAAUGUACGAGCUAACCCGUCAGGGGGUGUCUACUGUCAAGAUGAUGCAGGAAGCCAUUGAGGAGUUUGUACAUGAGGAACUAUUCCCUUGUGGAGAACCACCACCCUCCAUGUACCGCAGAUAUAACCCCACACCUUCAGACAUUCAGAAUGCCAUGUAUAAGGUGAAGCAAGAGAUGAGACUAGAGGGGAAGAGUAUUCUUCAAUAUCGGUGUGCAGCACUGGUGAGGGAGAUUACAGAAAUGGUGGUGCAGACAGACAGUGAAGAAUACCUUAACCAACUGGAAGAGCAGCUCAGGCAUAUAUAUAAUGCUGUGAGAAACACUGUGCCUGUGCCAGAGGUUCAGUUUGGAAGUGAGCAAGAUGGGGAGCGAAGUAAACGUGCACUGGCAGAAGAGUCUGGGCCAGGCAGUGAGGCGGGACACAAGUCCAAGCGUAGCCGCAGACAGAAACACAAUGAGCACCAAGCAGAAUCCACUACUGCUGCCUACCACCUUAGUUUGGAGAACCAGUGCAAGGAAAGCGAGGAGCAGAUGGUGCUGGAUGGGGAGUUGGAACAACACCAGGUCCAUGAGAUAAUCCAGCAGGAAGAUGGCACCAUCAUGGAAGUGUACUACUACCAGCCACAGGAUGAAAUGUAUGGCCCAGACCACAGCUACCAUGACACCAUCAUCAUCCAGCCAGAGAACAUGAAGACUGAACCAGUGGAUGAUUGUUUCUAAGCCUGGCUAACUCACAUUUUUUGUCUGUCUUCACCAAAGAGCAAGGUUAUUUUACUGUAGUCAGUAAUAUUCCAUAAAAUAAUUGCCUUACUGCUGUUUACGUAUAUUAAGGCGUUUUCCAUCACCAAAAACUGGAUAUAUUUUUAAUGAUGUGGAUUGCUCACCUGUGUGAUUUCACAUAAUAACUACAAUAUAUAUGCA